AUGAAGGAAAAAAGCAAAAACGCAGCAAGAUCCAGGAGGGAGAAAGAAAACGCGGAGUUCCUCGAGCUGGCCAAGCUGCUGCCCCUCCCCGCGGCGAUCACCUCGCAGCUCGACAAGGCCUCCGUCAUCCGGCUUACGACGAGCUAUUUGAAAAUGCGACAAGUUUUCCCUGAUGGGUUAGGAGACGCGUGGGGCGCAGCGCCCCCUCCCCCACAGCCCCGAGAGCUCUCCAUCAGGGAGCUGGGGUCGCACCUUCUCCAGACACUAGACGGCUUCAUCUUUGUGGUAGCUCCGGAUGGCAAGAUCAUGUAUAUCAGUGAGACAGCGUCAGUACAUCUUGGAUUAAGUCAGGUGGAACUGACUGGCAACUCGAUAUAUGAGUACAUUCACCAAGCGGAUCAUGAAGAAAUGAACGCGGUACUCAGUUUACAGCAUCCGCAUUCGUAUCUCGGACACCCACCACUUGGUUACCCGGUAGGGGGAACGUGGAGUCCCAACGUGGAUAUCGAGUGUGAAAGAGCGUUUUUCAUUCGUAUGAAAUGUGUCCUGGCGAAAAGGAACGCUGGUCUCACAACUUCCGGUUAUAAGGUCAUCCACUGUUCUGGAUACCUCCGCGCGAGGCGCUUCGGUGAGGGGAUGGCUCCACUGGGGCUGGUCGCGGUGGGACACUCCCUCCCCCCCUCAGCCGUCACCGAACUGAAACUGCACUCCAACAUGUUCAUGUUCAGAGCUUCUCUGGACAUGAGGCUGAUAUUCUUGGACGCUAGAGUGGCGUCACUGACCGGCUACGAACCCCAGGACCUGAUAGAGAAAACCUUGUACCACUACAUACAUGGCACUGAUGUAUUACACAUGAGAUAUUCACAUUGCACACUGCUGACGAAGGGGCAGGUGACGUCGCGCUACUACCGCUUCCUCACGAAGGCGGGCGGCUGGGUGUGGAUGCAGAGCCACGCCACCAUCGUGCACAACUCGCGCUCCUCGCGCCCGCACUGCAUCGUGUCCGUCAACUACGUGCUCAGCGAUAUAGAAGAAAAACAUCUAAUCCUGAACAUCGACCAAGGACCACCGAAGCUCAACGAAAAUCUCCCCACACCCCCCCUUACACAGAGACAAACAGACAAAGUCAACCACCCCAUAAAUGAAAACGAAUUUAGCACCGAUUCAAGCUACAACUACUCAGACUACACCCUCCCAGUUAUCCCCCCUUACGAAAACCACGAAGAAUACCAAAACGGAAGCUACCAGGAGCUCUUUUACGAAAACUAUACGGAACCGGAAGUGGUUCCAAAUAAUUACGCGUACCCGCAAAACCAAAGACCAUUUUCCGCUAGUUCGUCAUCGUGCAGUUCGAUUGAGAGUUCAGAAAUAAAUCAAUAUAAUUACACGAAUCUUAUUUCCUUUUACGGCCACACUAAUCAACAAAAUGGCCGCCAGGUUGACGGUAAUUUUGGCGGGAAUUUCGGUAAGAUGACACCGAGUCCGUCUGUGCAAGACACCGCGUAUACGAGUGUCAUAGUUGAUAACACCCAACAAUUUCAUCACAGUACUGUUAAUGAAUUUGUACAUUGAUAAAACAAAUACAUAUACAGGAGUAUAUAAUCGAGAGACAUUCAAUUAAACCACACACA